AUGAGGAUCAUGAAUAUAAUAGCCAGUACAGCAACAAGAUAUAGGAUAUUGAUAGGUGUUGUUUUGUUACUUUCACUAUAUCUCACUGUUUCAUGGAUAGUACUAUCUGACAACAACAAGGAGACAAUCGUAAUAGAUACAAUAGAGGCAACACCUCACACAGCGGCACCAUCUACAAACAGCAACAACAACGAUUACAAUUUUAAACAUGGCAAUGACUCUGUAUUGUUCUUGUUGGGCAAUAAUGAAUGGGGCAAACCAUCUUUAUAUGAAGGCUUUAGCAAGUGUGGACACGAUCGUAAUGUGCUCGAGUUUACAUACAACAGGUCGCGCAUCAAUGAAGCGGAUGGCAUCUUCUACUUUGCCUCGGACAUUGACACGUUUGCACCAACUGGCACCUGGCAGGUCAACAUGCCACACCCUGACCGCCAGGUCAAGGUGUUGUUUGGCGCCGAGUCGGCAGCCAACAAGAACGGCUUUUGCUUUGGCAAACCCAGCUGCAUCGAGUACUUCAACUGGACGAUCUACUUCCUGCCUUAUCCACAUUCAGAUAUCAUUGAGUCAUAUCUAUACAAGCCCGAUUUCGACAAGUUCUACGCACGCGAGCUCGAGUCACCAUUCGACUUUGAGGGCGCAAUGCAGUUGAAGGAGCCUGGUCGUGUGGCAUCGUGGUUCACCACCAUUUGCAAUGAUCCGGAUUCUCCAACCGAGGAUGAGGGCGAGCGCGUCAAGUUCAUGCGCCGCGUCAUGAACAAGAUGCAUGUCGACAGCUAUGGAAGGUGUCUACACAACAAGGAUGAGCCACCCGAGGGAGGGCGAUAUAGCAGCAAACGAGACGAAAUCAAGAUACAGGUGAUGAAGACAUACAAGUUCAACUUUGCACUGGAGAACACAAACUGUCCAUAUUACUUCACGGAGAAGGCUCUGCAUUGUUUGAUGAAUGGUAUCGUGCCCGUGUAUUUAGGCCACGAGACAAAUUUGCAGUACAUGCCACCUGGAUCAUAUAUAUAUAUUAAGGAUUUCAAGAAUAUCGAUGCUUUGGUCGAAAGACUACAUUACCUGGAUCACAAUGACACAGAGUAUCGAAAGUAUUUUGAAUGGCGAGAGAAUCCAGAGACAUUAAGGAAAUGGGGCGAUGUAUUCUAUAAGAACAAUGCAUUGUGCGAUCUCUAUUCCCUAUACAUCAAGUUUAGAAAAAACAUGGAUACCUUUCCCCGGAAGCAUGCCACUGCCGAUCCAAACUUAAUUACUUGUCCACAAGCAUUU